CAUUGUUGAAUACGGGGAAAGACAGAAUUGUUUGUUUCUUAUCGCAUAACGAUAAGCUGUCUUUAUCUCACUUAGCUAGGAAUGAAACGCAACUAUCUUCGCAGUUCAGUUCAUAGAUUGAAUCAAGUCGAUCGCACAUGGCAAAGCUUGUGGAUUUUGCGGAGGUCAAGCUUAGUGAGCCAAUGGAUGCAGUGAGAUCCGAUUGCCCAGAGGGCUUCAAGCAAUUAAUACAAUGUUGCCUAGAAAUUAAUCCCGAAAAACGCCCCUUUACCAGGGAGAUCGAAAAGUUCCUUGGUAAACUGUAUGAAUCCGGCAAUGACGAGGACUUUACCCAGCCAUUGGAUGAGGACACCAUAGCUGUUGCGACCCACCACGUGGAUGCGUCCGGCAGCAGGAUAAUGCGUGUGGAUUUCUGGCGACGUCAGUUGCGCCCGAUCUGCAUGCCUUUCCCGAUAGUGAAGCGGGAAGCCGUGAGAUUGCGAAAGGCCGUUGGACGAGCAGCCGAGAAUACGGGCAGAGAGACAGCCAGGGCGGCCCAGGAUGGAGAGUGGGAAGUUAGGCGGGCUGAGAAGGACACGGAGCGGGAAACCUCGAGGGCUGCCCACGAUGGAGAGCGGGAGACGCGGAGAGCGGCUCAGGAUGUGGGUCGCGCAACUGUACGGGCGGCCAAGAAAAUAGGAAAGAAACUGCGCUUCAAACCAGAAAUAUGAUUAUUAAUUCGUUAUGCUAAUGUGCGGGGAAUGAUUAAUAAAGUCGACUGCAUGCAGAGAGUCCUCUCGGCCGGCAGCAGCAACCCUUUCACAAAGGA